AUGGCCGCGCGCCGUCGCGAGCUGCCUCCGGUGCCACAUCGGCGCCUUCUUCUCUUGUUUCUCGAGGAGGAAGAGGAGGUCAGGGGCUGGCGCAGUGAGAUUCGUGCGUUGGACCUUGUCAAUUUUCUGGGCGCUUCGCGUACGAAUAGCUUGCUGCUGCGUUUUCUGGGCCUAGACUUUUCUUACGAGCUUUUCUGCGUCAACAGAGCUGUCCGAGUCAUUUUGCUGGCUACUUCCGAUUUUGCGGCUGCCGACGCGCGUCGCCUUCGGCUUCGCUACUUCGGUCUUCGGGGCAGCUUGGUGAAAAUGCUUUGCCUUGCGAUCUCCUUGAGGAAGAUGUUUGGUCCUGUGGGAAUUCCGCUGCGGAACGAGACUGGUAUAAAGUUGAUUUGUCGGAAGAUGGUGCUGCUCUGCCUUCAGAGGAUUCAGUGGGCCUUCCGGCUGAAGCUCAUGGUCGAUGGCGGCAGCUUCCAAACUUUGGAUGAUUCCUUCCGUGGGUUUUAUGGAACUGGCCUCAAGAGGCCUCUGCAGCCUGGCGUCCCAGAAGGCGUCUUGGAGCAACCUUCGAAGAACCCGCAGAGGGCGGGAAGGGUCGUCACUAGAAUUUUCGAGAUGGCCGUUGUCAACAGAGUGGUUGCAUCAUGGAAGCAGCAGCGCGAGGAACAGCUUUUGGAAGCGGUCUGUGCUUGGGCUGUUUUCAUUGGCAGAUGGUCUGAAGGUGUGCAGGUGCGGGAUCAGCUUUGUGAACUUCCCACUGACGAUGAAAGGAAGGCCAUGACUUACGAUGUGCUGGGUGCAAAGGCCCCGGGAACACUUCGCAAGAGGUUAAGGAGUCUCUUGAAGUAUGAAGCUUUCCUUCGUCAGAAGAAGCUGGUUUUCCCUGCAAACGAGAUUUUACUUUACAUGUUCCUCUGUCUUGAAAGGGAUGGGGGUGCCAGCUUAUCUUCGCGAAAGGCUACGUAUGAAGCAGUGGUUUUCUGCAGAUACGUCCUGGGGGUAGAGGAGCUGGACCUAUGUGUCAAGAGCAGGCGUUGCCUUGGCAAUGCGUGCCGUGGCGAGGUGAGGCCGAGGAACAGGGCUUCGCCGCUAACGGUAGAUGAGCUCUCCCUUCUGCACGACCGGCUGGAGAACGCACAGGACCCGUGGGACCGCGUUUUCGCUGGAGCAGUUUUGCUGUGUGUAUAUUCGCGGUCAAGAUGGUCAGACCUGAUGCAUGCAGAGGGAAUUAUUUAUGAUUAUGACAACCAGAAAAAUCUUGCCUAUGUGGAGUGCCCCGUGGCAUACCAUAAGAAUAUGAGGAGCCGAGUUAUGCGGCAUGAUCUGCUUCCUAUGGUGGCUCCUGGCCUGGGAGUUGCGGGUUCCAACUGGGCGAGGCUGUGGAAACUUGCUAGAGAGGAACUCAACAUUCCAGAUCCUCCGGAAUUUCCUGUCAUGCCGGCGCCGGAUAAGUCUGGUGCUGCUAGUGUCAAGCCGCUGGACACUGAGGAGAUGGGCAGGUGGCUGAGACAUCUGCUAACGGGUUCGGGAUCGAAGCAAGCUGACAGAAAGCUAUCAUCGCACAGCUGCAAGUGUACCAUGUUGAGCUAUGCGGCAAAGAGGGGAAUCAGUAUAGUCGACGGGCAGCUGUUGGGAUAUCACACGACGCCGCACCGCAUGGCCCUGACAUACUCCCGUGAUUCUGCAGCUCAUCCUUUGAUGAUCUUGGAGCGGAUGAUCAAGGAGAUAAGGGAUCGAGUUUUUCUUCCAGAUGAGACUCGUAGCGGGCGCUUGGUGGGCAAAGCCGCUGACUCGCAGCAGCGGACAGAGGUAGUUGUGAUAAAGGAGGAACAUGACCCGCCCUCUCCUAGCGAAGGGGCUGAUGCUGCUCAUAACCUUGCAGGCGAUGAGGAAGCCCUCGACGCUGAGGCCACCGGGCAUAUCACUACGGACUCUUCCUCCAGCGACUCUUGCCCGGAGGAGGCCGAGGGACCGUUCUCGAAGCUGGUAGUGAAUGUUCCCGAGGGUCAUGAUGUGUGGAGGCACGAGAAGUCGAGAGUGGUGCAUUUUGUUCCGAACAUGUCGACCGUGAUCGAAAGCGAGGCUGCCUUUAAGCAGAGAUGUGCUGAAGCUUCGAAGGAUGCGACUCUGCAUACCAAGUUGGAGGCACAAGGCAUCAGGUGCUUCAAGACAUUGGCUUUCGCGAUAGGGUCGCCUCAGCAGCCGCCUACGGAGGCUCAGUUUGACGAAUUCAGUGUGAAGGUGUACGGAGUUGCUCCUACCAUGGGGCAAACCGCAAUCUUGCGGCAUCUGCACUUCGAGGCCACGACUCUAGUGGUUCAGACUUACAGGGACAUGGUCACCAACGACCCGUCUGAUCCAUCGCACACCAGGAAGGUUCCGGACCUUGGCGACGAGACGCAUUUUAAUUUAGAGUGCCCACCCAUGACAUGGCAGCAAGAGCUGCAACAAUGUGGCGCUGCUGAGCUGUCUGGGGAUAGCCCCAAACUCAGACGCUGGGCGGCACUGUCUUUCAGAAGGGAUCUGCGUGCCCUCAUCAGAGACAAGCCGCCUCACGGCAUCUUGGCAAACAUCGCCACUGUUCAGCCGCAAGCUAAUGAAUUCCACAACGCUUUGAUGCAGACGAUGGUACGGUUAGAAACCCGCUGUGCAACUGUAUCCAGUGGCUUGGCAAUGAACAGUAUUUUUGGACCGUGGGAAGGAGGACUCCAGGCAGAAGAAGUAGGAGGGCAGCAAGUGCCUACGCAGAUCCCUCUCAAGUUUGCAGCUUGGAACAUACGCGGUGCCUUGGCCACAACUGAAAGACAGCAUCUUCCCACCCAGGUAGCUAAAUUAGUGGCGAGCCUGCAGCACUUCGAUAUCAACAUUGCUGUAGUCUCCGAUCCGCAACUUGGACCAGAUGAAAUUUGGCCAGCCUGGACUGGCUAUGAAUACUUUGGAGCGAAGAUCAUGGAGCCGCGGACGGUCGCGUUACUUGUUUCUCGCGAAGUUGCACCUAGAGUCCAGAUUUUAGACAAUGUCGGAAGUGAGAGAGCGCUUUGGUUUCAGAUUGAAACAAUGGAACAUGCAGCCACACAUCAAGUGACCACUGUCCUUGGUCUUGCUAUCUAUGCCAACCCACCCAACCACCUGGAUGCAGAGAGAAGAGACUUCUGGCAUGCCCGCUUUACUGAGUGGCAGGCUUUGAGGAACGAUCCUAAGUAUCGUCAGUGCCCAGCAAUUGUCAUGGGUGAUUUCAAUUUGCAUAACCCAAACCUCACGCCGAAAGAUGCUGAGCUUGCAAGACCUAUUGAUCGCGAGAUGUGGCAACUCCUCACAAGCGCCCACGGAUUCGGACUAGAAGUUCUGAACCCACCGCUGCAGCCUACGCACAUCUCGGGCUCAACGCUCGACAUCGUGCUCGUGUCACCAGAGUGGCAUCUGGACUUUACCAGACUUGACAUGGGUGACGUGCUCCUGAGCAGCGACCAUUACCCCGUGCUUGCUUCGUCACCAAGAAUUAGCCUCUUGGCCCAGUACUCGAGCAAACAAGCGGCAGCUCGCUGGGAUGGCAGUGAGCAGUGGAACGAAGCCUUAGACUGUGUUUCUGAGUCGCUCUUGUUUGUUUCCAGCGUCGCUCAGUUUCUAACUACUUGGCAAACAUUCCUGGAAUGGGUCAGGGUAGGUUCCCAUCGCAGACUUCGCCAGAGGCUCCUGGACACCAUCUUCUGGUGGAGGCAAGUCCUAGUAACCAUGGCUGGGCACAUAGCUGGUCUAGCUCGAAUUACUUGGUCGGGACAGCAAACAGCACGCACUGAUGAUCUCCAGUGGCUGAUUAAGUUUUUUGAUUCUGCGAGAACGGCUGACCCUGAUGGACCAUCAGACGAAGCACUUGUCAAUGACCAGCUUUUCUCCCGAGCACUGUUCAAACUCCAGAACCUGACUGCGGUUGACCCAUCUGCAGCACAGAGAUUCCUCACAACACUGCUUAAACCGAAAGCCGCUCUCCGUUUGGAUCUACGUGACCCCGUCAGCAAUCUCCCGCUCACCCCUGCGCAAGAACUUGAGGCCAUUGCAGACAACAUCACUAGCCGAAGCUAUGUGGUCCCGCCCCCGGCUGACCCACAAUUCCAGCGCCAAGUCGAACAGCAAAUCAGUGCCUACAGACUUCAGGCACUAGCUGAAGCUGGGGUUGACCAUACCGAGUUUGCCACCCAAGAACAAGUCCGGGCAUGCUGCCGGAGCAUGCAAGCCCGCAAGGCGUCAAUGCGACUCCCAAGAGCUGCUGCUAAGUUUGGCACCGAGGCCAGCACAACAGCCAUCUGGGCCAUCAUCAAUCUUAGUGCCGCUUGUGGCUUGGUCCCGUCAAGCUGGGCGCGCGAAGUUGCACCUGUCAGGAAGCGCGGGCCCAUGUGUGUCAGUGAUUUAGCUAACCUGCGACCUAUCUCCUACGUAGAUGAGGUGGAAAGCAUCAUGGAUGCACUAUGGUUGCAAAAGACUCGCUCACCCAUUGAAGCAUACAUGGGGCCACAGCAACAUGGGGGUAUAGUGGAUGCAGUGAUUACUGCUCUAGGAAUCAUUGUGGCAGCACAGCAGCGCAGAGGACAUGGCCUCCCAACCUUGGUGUUCAAGGCUGAUCUUAUGCAAGGCUUUGACCUGACGUGGAGAAACGGGUGCCUCUUCCACCUGUGGCGAGCUGGGGUCAGGGGCAAGGACUGGCUCCACAUGGACGCCACCUUCACUAGCGACAACUUCCGAGUGCGACUUGCGCAUCUUGUAGGACCCAUUAGAGAACUAACCGCUUUUGCAGUAGGACAAGGGAAAAGGGCAGCAGUUCACCUGUUUGGAGCCCUGACACGUGCCUUGGUUGAUUCAGCUGCAAGUCACCUUGGAGUUGGCCUAGGACUCACAGCGUUUGAGGUUAAUGCAACCUUCACAGGGCAGUCGCUUUGGACUGCACCCACUCUCCCAGUGGACGCCUCGCGCGUCCAUCUGGUCACUGGCAGUGUCGCUACCAGCAUCGACGCUUGUGCACGUGCACCUUGGCUGCAACCUGAAACACCAGUGGGAACUGCUGCAGAGCGCCUCCUGGCUCUUGACAUACUGGCCAAGAGCAACACGGACCUCACACAGUUCGUUGAUGAUGUUUUUGCCUUGUGCUCUACGUGUGCAGGCCUUAACAGUCUGACCAGAGCGGCCAACGAUUUUGCGAGCCAGUGGCGUCACAGAUUUGCUUCAGGCAGCAAAAAGCCCAUGGUCCUGCCUGUCAACUGCAACGUGGAACAAAGGCAUCUGGAGCAGAACUUCUGCAACACUGAGGUGGGUGUAAGCGAGGAAAUUCACAUCCUGGGCAUUAGAACUGAUGCUCAGCUCUCCUUCCAGAGCUUCUUCACGGAGGCAUGUAGCAAAUACCAUGCCCAAGCAAAGCAGCUCAGCGCACAACUCAGUCACCUUGGCCUGGGAUUCAUUGAGCACUUCAGGAUUGCCCAGGAAAGGGUGGAGCCGAGCGCCUUCUUUGGGAUCGCUGCUGUGGCCAGCCAUUUCCAAGGAGCGGCCUUCGUCCAGACUAAACUCAACUCGCUGCAGUAUGAAGUCGCGAAAGAUUUGUUGGGUAUUUCUGGUAUCUCCCUAGGAGUAGGUGGCCAGAGUCGUCUUUUGAUGGAACUUGGUAUUGAGCAACGCCUGGCCACUAGAGUGGCCACCAUGAUUGCCCUCACACGAGCCCGCAUACUGUGCCUGGAUAGCAGUCACGGCGUGUGGCAGGCCUUCUCGACAGCUGUUUCAUCUAAGGCGGAUACCUGGCUCAACCACGCGCGCAUUGUUCAAGAUGGUUUAGCGGUUCCAGUAGACUUCCACGAAUACUUGCCUGCGAUGCACCUGCUACCCCAGGAUCCGAAGGCAGCAGUGAAAUUAUGGAAAAGACAGAUCCUCAUCCCGGCGGCAAGAGCCUCUGACCGACGGUGGUUUCAGCAGGAGGCUACGAAAUGGACAGCAGCACACACGCAGCUGCUGCUGCCGCCCCCUGGCCAAAUGUGGACCCGUCAGGCCGCAUACUGGCCAAGAAACCUGCAAUACCACCUGCGCAGGUGGACGGCGACGCGACUAACAGGUGCCUUCAUUCAGAUGAGACCGCGAGGCUGUUGGGAAGCUAAGGAAACGCUGCCUUACUGCCCUUUCUGCAACUCCCCUAGCGUGACACUGCCCCACGUCUUUUCGGAGUGUGCAGAGAUCCAGUCGGCUGCACACCUGGUGCCAGCCUGGCCGUGGCUUGUCAGCUUACCAGAUUCCUUGGAGGAGCUGGACACCAAGAUCCGCCUCUUCGGAAUGGAAAUUUCUGGAGAGCUUGAGCCUUCGCAUCAGCUUCUUGACAUAGCAAAUCAGCAAUACGAGUCCGGAGUUCUUACUUGGAUCCCUGCGUCGAAAUGUGCCAAGAGGGAAGCUGAGGUCCUUGCAUUGGGCAAGGAUAGGAGCUCUUUGUUGCAGGUGGAACAAAACGUCAUAAAGGUGGGGCCUGGUGACCAGGCUAUCGCUUGUGAUGUUUCGGAUCCUCUGCGUUUUCAGUGGGCCAUGAUGCGAAGAGGCAUAGCUUUUGACAACUGUCACCUGCUGUCCUGGGAUGUGCAUCAGAGGUGGGUUCAGAAGAUGCUGGAUUGCCUUUCAGCAACCCCGCCACCGAGUUAUAGCCCAGUCAGUUUGAAUCAAUGCAUGCGUGCGGAUAAGGAGCUUUUUCUGCUAUUGGCCAGGGAGGCUGUGCCUCCUUUCAAGGUGGACUCGCUCGGGGUUUCGCCGCUUGAUGCAAAAUUUUCGGCAAUGAUGUAUGAUGUCCGUCUUCAGCAGUUCCUGUUGCCGCUUCCGAAGCAGACAGCUCCUGUCUUGGCAGUGCCUGUGGAUGAUGGGGACUGCACUUUUGGUGCAGCAGCCGCUGGAGAGCAGACUAGGCCGUUGGUGUACCGUGCUCUCGAGCAGGUGCGGGGAUUGCACCGCGACGAGAACAAUCGUGAUGGCCCUACAUUGUUGGUGCCUUUGACGGACUUUGAGAACGGUGAACUUUGGUUUCAGAAGGUUGGAGGUGAUGUCGCUUCGUUGAAUGACCCUUCUUUGGAGGGCCGUGGGAAGGUCGCAGAGUUGUCAUGCUUGCUUAUUCGGUGCGUCAGUGCGAGGAGCUCCGGCCUGAAUUACGAGCUGCCGUCGCAGCGUGAUGCCAGCAGUGUACAGCAGUCGGCGGCGGGAAUGUACUUCGUUGAGUUGUGUGCUGGGCGGGCUGGUGAACAAGUUGUCAUCAUGGAUUUGAGUGAUCCAGCCCAGGCUGAAGCAGUUGUCGAUUUCUUGCGAGUUGAGUAUCAUCACGUCAUCUGUGUUUUCAUCUCACCUCCGGUGGGCACCGCAUCUUUCAUGCGUGAACGGCAUAAGCCGGGUUCUGCUGAACUUGAUUUGAAGAUGCCAAAUGCUUUGAGGUCGGCGUUGCAUCCGGAUGGCUUGCCGACUUUGCGUGGUCGUGAUAAACUCCAGGUUGAGCGUGCAAAUCAAUUUUUUGAUCAGCUUGCAAACAUUGCAUGUGAGGCUUGUGAUCUUGGAAUCCUGACAGUCCUGGAGAGUCCUUCUAACAGCCGUUAUUGGGACACCUCCUUCUGUGCUAAGGUGACAAAUCAUGUGCAGGGUCACUUUGUAAAAUUCCAUGCCUGUGUGCAUGGAGGUCACAGACCCAAGUUGAUGCAGCUUUGGUCGUCACAGGACGUUUUUGGCAUGCUUGCGGGUCGCUGUGACGGGUCGCACGAGCACAAACCGUGGCGACCUUUCAUUUCGAAAAGGAAGCGGGUGAGCUUCAUCACAGCAGAUGAACCCGAAUUUCCACCGCUCCUCGUCGAUCGUAUCCUUGGUUGCAUCGUCCAUGCGCAUCCCAGCUUGUCCUUCGGGCCACGUGUGCUUGCGCAGGCAAUACAGGAUCCUUCUGCGAAUGUCGCCAGGAUAAAUCUGGGCACUCAACCCAGGGGAAACUCCUUGCCUUCGCUUGUGUGGGAGUUUGACACUACGUUGGAUUUUGUUGUGCCAGUGCAAAAUGACAAGCCGUUGGAAGCUGUGCUUUCUUCCCUUCCAAAGGGCUCCAGAAUCUUCUCGAGACGUGUGUGUGAGUGGGGUUCGCUGAAGAGUCUCCUCGAAGGAGUUGGCAAGCUAAAAACAAACAUCGUGGGCUUGGACCCUUUGCAUCCGCCUGCUUGUGCAGAGCUUGUGCAAGUCGGUGUACCGUGCUCUGAAGAUGUCUUUGUUGAGAGAGCUAUUGCGGCAGGACACCCACGGUCCUUGGCAGUCCAUGUUGAGCCUUUCGUCACAGUUAGUGCACGUGCUAACUUUGAGGCUCCCCCGGCAGAACUUGCGGCCUUCAGGAUUGAUGCAAUGAAGUUUUGGAUUGGUCGUGCAGGUGCCCUCAAGGAAAAGGAGCAGGAACUUCACCGAAAUCUCCCUGAUCACCUGCGGCCCAUACUUAAAGGAAAGAAGCUCUUGCUUCUCCAAGAGAUGAUGAGGGCCGCAGGGUGUGAGGAUGUUGACCUUGUUUCUGAUAUAUGCAAAGGUUUCAAGUUGUCGGGCUGGCUUCCUGCGUCGGGUGAGUUUGUGCCGAGGUCCAGAAGGCCCAAAUUCAGUGUCGAGACGUUGGGAGUUUUGUCGAAGGGCUUGAACAAAGCAACCUUGCAAAAGCUGUCCAGGAGGCAGGAUUCCGAAAUUGGAGGAUCCACCUGGGUUGAAACCCAAAAGGAGAUUGACGCAGGUUGGGUGUGGCUUGAGGAAGGGCCGGUUCCUGAGAUGGUCUCGAUUGCUAUGCGCUUCGGAAUCAUGCAGAACAAAUUGAGGGUCAUCGAUGACCUUUCUUGUUGCGGCCUAAACGCGACAGUGGGCUUGCUGGAAAAGUUUUGCUUGCAUACGAUAGAUAAGCUUGCGGCCAUGAUGGCUCAUGCUUUUGAUGUCGUGUCCGGUGUUAUGCCUGAGUGCUGCGGCCGAACUUUCGACCUUACGGCAGCGUACAAGCAAUUUGGUGUGUGUGCUGCUGACCGUGAAAGGCUACGCAUUGCUGUCAACAGGCCAGGCCACCACAAGCCGAGCUUCCUGGGCGUAAACGCCCUCCCCUUCGGAGGGGUGGGGUCGGUCGCUGCUUUCCUAAGGAUAAGUAUCGCCUUGUGGAAGAUCGGAAUAGUCCUUUUCAGGCUAUUCUGGUCUGCCUUUUUCGAUGACUACAGCAUAGUUUCUGCGAAGAGCCUGGAAUCGAACGCCCAGUGGACUGUGGAAACUUUGUUUGACCUGCUUGGUUUCCGCUUCGCCAAGGACGGGUCCAAAGCCGAACCCUUCGGAGUUACCUUCAACAUGCUCGGCCUCUCUGUUGAUCUGUCUUGUGUGAAGCAGCGGAUCCUUCGUGUGGGUCAUACUCAGAAGCGAAAGGAAGAGCUCACCGAGUACAUCCAAACCAUCCUUCAGGAAGGAAAGAUCGACUCGAAGGCUGCCGAACGCCUUAGGGGUCGUAUGGUUUUCUUCGAGGGUUUCACCUUUGGAAGGGUUUCUAAUCGGGCUCAGCGAGUUGUUGCAAAGUGCGUGGAAAAGUCUGCCCCUCAGAAUCUUACUGAAGAUUUGAUGUGGGCGUUGACGUGGCUUCGUGAAAGAAUAGCCAUGAGCCAGCCUUUAGUUGUCGAGCGAAACCUCAUCACAACGCUGAUCGUUUUCACUGACGGGGCUUGCAAUCCAGAGGAAGGCACGGGAGGUGUCGGAGGCGUCCUUGUGAAUGCCUCUGGUACUCCGUGCGAGUUCUUCGGUGAGGCAGUUCCAAGCGAUUUGAUGCAGCAGCUUUUGAGCAUCAGUGCGAAUCCCAUUUUCGAGCUUGAGUUGAUUCCAGCACUGAUCAGCCUUAUCAUUUGGGCCGAUCGCUUGAAAGGAGCUCAAGUAGUGUUCUAUCUUGACAAUGAUGGUGCUCGCCAUUCUCUGAUCCGAACCUUUGGCGGUAGCUCACUCGCCAACUCUGUGAUUGAAUCUUUCCUUCAGCUUGAAACCACGUUGCAGCUGAAGACGUGGUUCGCUCGCGUACCGACUGCUUGCAACAUAGCAGACAAUCCCUCACGGCUGGAAUUUGAGCCUCUUUUAAAAAGAGGUGCUGCAAGGCGUGCUAUUCCGUGGGACCAGGUCAUGCCGUAG